AUGGAACCUGUAGUGAUCUCUACUCCAAAGAAAACCAGAAGAGGCAAUAUCUUUAGUAGCAUUAAGCAGCAUUACUUAAGACAUGAUGUCCCUUGUGGAUAUUCAUCAUGCAUUCACUGCAGCAAUUUAAUGCAUGCUCCACUUUCAGACACAAAUCUCUAUUUUUUCGAUUUAGAAGCUUUAAUAUCUCACAUAACAGUCCUUGAGGAGCAAUAUCAAUGCCCAGUUCUAACCAACACAAAUACCCUUUUCCUUCAGUCAACUUUGCUAGAGCUCAAAGUAAAAGAUCAAAAUUUAUAUAAGCGAGUCAAAACCUUUAUCGAUGAAAAUCAUUUUCACGUCUUUCUUAAUGAGCAUAGAGCAGAGACAUAUAUCCCACAAGGCACAAAGGACAGAGAGUAUUUAUCCGCCAUUAAAGCUGCAGAAUGGCUAAGUUCUCAUCUUCCACAAGUUGAGAUUAAGGUUAUUUCAUUGAGAAGCGGUGAAAGAUGCAUCAAGCUUGAAGAAAUCGUAAAAAACACAAUAUUAGCUGACAUGUUCCCUGUAGACGAGCCUGCAAUGAACCCUAUUUUUAGUGAGCAUAUUAACCCAAUUCAAGCUGAAAAAAUGAUUAAAGAAGGAUCACUUUUUGAAGGCGUUUUGCAUGUUUAUAGGAAUUCCCCUGAUAGUGCUUGGAUAAGGGUAACCAGGAAUGUGGGCCAAUCAUUUGAUGUGGCAAUAAAAGGAAUUGAAAACAUGAAUAGAUCAAUUGAUGGGGACGUAGUAGCAAUUGAAGUGCUUAAUGAGCCAAUGGAUAUUGAAGAAAAACUAGACCAUUUAGAAGAGGUGGAAGGAGUAGAUGUAGUCAAUAUCAAAGUCGCAAAUGUUGAAGAAAAACCACAUAGAGAAGGCAGAGUGGUGUCUAUUCUCAGAAAUAAGCAAAAAUCUUAUUGUGGCAGCAUUAGAAGAACUGGCGUUUUUAUUGACAAUAGAGAACAAUGCUUGUUUUCUCCAGUGAACCCCAAGCUACCCGAAAUAAAAAUUUACUGUGCGAAUCCUUCAAGAUUAGAAGGUAUGAGAAUUACUGUCUCUAUUGACAAAUGGGAUAUCUCAAGUAAUCUUCCACAAGGACACGUGGUAAAAAUACUAGGAGAAAUCGAAGACGUAAAAACUGAAAGUGAUGUAAUCUUAUUGGAGCAUGACGUCGUAAUCAAGCCUUUCACACAAGCUGCUUUAAACUGCUUACCUCCACGCGACUGGGUUUUAACACAAGAAGAAAUAGACAGAAGAACUGAUUUAAGAGAUAGAUGUGUGGCCAGUGUUGAUCCUCCAGGCUGCAAAGAUAUUGAUGAUGCUCUCCACUGUAAAGUUCUACCCAAUGGAAAUCUUGAAGUAGGGGUUCACAUAGCAGAUGUCACUCAUUUUGUGCUUCCAGAGUCUGCUCUUGAUUUAGAAGCUUCUGAAAGAUGCACGACGGUGUAUUUAGUGGAAAGAAGAACUGAUAUGUUGCCUGGAAUACUUACAGAAGUGCUUUGUAGUCUGGUCUGUAAUCAAGAUAGACUAGCAUUUUCAGUCCUAUGGGAGCUUGAUCCAAAGACAUAUGAAAUUAAAAAAACUACUUUUUGUAAAAGCUUAAUACACUCCCGGGCAUCUCUUUCCUACCAAAAAGCACAAGAAAUCAUUGAUUCUAAUGUAAAUGAUGAGAUGGCUUUUUCGUUAAGGAAGCUACUUGAUAUAUCAAAACACCUAAAAAGGCAAAGAAUUGUUGCUGGAGCUCUCGAACUUGCCAGUGCUGAAGUUAAAUUUGAAUUAGACACAGAUAAGCUUAAAGCAAAAGACAUGGCGCUAUACAAAACAUUUGAAACCAACAGUAUGGUCGAAGAGUUCAUGCUUCUCGCAAAUAUUGCGGUUGCUGACAAGAUCUGUGAAGCAUAUCCUGCAUACUCUAUUCUACGUAGACAUCCAUCUCCAAAGCUAGAUGACUUAAAAAAGCUUGCAGAAAAGCUGGAAUAUCUAGGCUACCCACUCAAUUAUGACUCAUCUUUAACUCUCGCAGAGUCGUUAAACAGAAUUAUAAGGCAAAACGACCCUUAUUUUAAUACAAUAAUAAGGAUGCAGGUAACUAGGUGCAUGAAUCAGGCUGUUUAUUUUUGUUCUUCUGAAGUUGAUAGGCACGAGUAUUACCAUUAUGGGCUUGCAGCAGAAAUCUACACACAUUUUACAAGCCCGAUUAGAAGAUAUGCAGAUAUUUUGGUCCAUAGACUGCUGGCAGCAGCUAUAGAUGUGAAGUCUCUGCCUGAAAAAAUGACUGACAGAAGAGAAAUGGGGAAAAUUUGUAGAAGAAUGAAUUUUAGGAAUCGCAUGUCACAGUAUUCUGAAAGGACUUCAGCCAAUUUGCAUACAUAUCUUGUGUUCAAGGGUCGUAAAGAUGUAAUCGAAUAUGAUGCAAUAGUCACUGAAAUUUUGCCGAAUGGUGUUGAUGUGAUGAUUCCAAAAAUUGGGCUAGAAGGGGAGGUUGAGCUGCCUAAUGCCAGUGAAUAUGACUCAAGAUCAAUAGUUGUUGAGAAUCAAAAAAUUAGUCUUUAUGACCAUAUUGCUGUUCAUGUUGAUAUAACUUUUCAGAAUUUCAGAAAAACAAUUAAUCUACAGUUCAUAAGAAAAUCUUAA